AUGGCAGGUGACUGUCAAUCUGCUGGCGGCCAUGCGAAGCUCCGAUCUCACUCCCGACGACAUGAGCCAUGGGCGAGCGUUGGCGUCUCUGGCGCGCGCGGCGGCUGGCUGGGCUUCAGCGCUGCCGCUGCCUCUGGCUUAGUGAGCCACAACGUGGUGAUCAACGCCUGCGGGCAGGCCUCCGACUGGGCCUCAGCGCUGGGGCUUCUGGCGGCGCUGCCGCGUCACGCGUUGCGUGGGGACGCCGUAAGCUACAACAGCGCCAUCGCCGCCUGCGGCCGAGGCCUUGCCAUAGCCCAUGCAAUGCAGCUCCUGUCCGACAUGUCCGUGGUGAGGAUUCCGCCGGAUGAGGCCUCUUACGGUGGACUGCUGGGCGCCUUGGCGACAGCCGGGAGGUGGCGAGAGGCCAACGCGCUCCUUCAAGACAUGUCGGGGGAGAGAAUUCUGCCGGAUGGCUUCUGCUUCCGUGCUGCCAUCAGCGCCUGCGAGAAAGCAGGCCAGUGGCAAGCAGCCGUGGCGCUGCUCGCCGGUCUUCCUGAAAGAGAUGCUGUCAGUGUUAAUGGCGUCAUCAGCGCCUGUGGCAAGGCCGGCCGAUGGGAUUUGGCACUCUCCCUGCUGUCAGCCAUGUCGGAGGCCGGCCUACGCAGGGACGUCGUAAGCUUCGCCGCAGUCAUGACCGCCUGCGAGAAGGAUGGGCCCUGGCCCCUGGCCCUGUCUUUGUUUGCGUUACUCACCGAAGUGCAGCUUCGUCAGGAUGUCGUCACAUACAGCUCAGCCAUGGCGGCCUACAGCAGAGGCGCUCAGUGGCAGGCAACACUGGUGCUGCUGUGGGAGAUGGACGAUGCAAGCGUGACGCCCAACGAGUUCAGCUUCCAUGCUGCCAUGGGAGCUUGCGCCAGCGAAGGUGCCUGGCAGCUGGCGAUGGCCCUGCUUGGGGUGAUGCAAAGAAGAGGUGUCCGGCUGAGCACCGCCUCCUUCUGCGCGGCAAUCUCGCCAGUGGAGAUGGGCGCCCCAUGGCAAAAGGCGGUUCAGCUCUUGCAAGCUGCCCUGGACGCCGAAUGCCUGCCAGAUGUCAUUGCUCUGAAUGCCGUUUUGGGCGUCUGCGAGGUGAGCAGGCAGUGGCUGGCUGCCUUGCAAUUGCUCCGCGAAGUUGAUGCCUGGCGCCUAGAGCCGCAGAUGACCACCUGGGACCGGGCCAUCGGCGCAUGCGCAGGGGCUGGCCACUGGGCUCACGGAUUGGAGCUGCUGAGGCGGAUGAUGCAUGAGUGGCCGCCGUCCCGCAUCGGCGUGGGCGCCCUCCUGCGGAGCCUGGAGCGUUCUUGGGAGUCUUGGCUGCUGUCCCUGUGCCUGCUGCAGUGUCUCGUCGACGGAGCCGUGGACCCGGACUGCGCGGCAUACGGAGCAGCUCUCAAAGCAUGUCACCGCAGCCGACUGCACCAGCGCUCCCUCGGACUUGCUGUCGCGCUGGACGAUGCUGGGUUGUCAGGCCUCCGGCGAGUGUUCAAGUGA